AAUAAAUAAAAAAAAUCCAUAAAUCACAGAUUCGUUGAAUCCCUUGCCAAACCCGUCUUCCGAUUAUCACUUUCAACUCUAAAAUUCCCCUGUUAAACGCAUUUUCUUUUCGUUCUCGUCUAAAUUUUCAUGGAAAGUUCCUUAAUAUCUAAAAUCUUAUCGCAAUUCACUUAAAUUUUCACUUUUUCCUGCAAUCCCAUGUCUCAAUUAUCACUCUAAACCUCAAAAAUCCAUUCUUUAUCAAAGUUGAUUGUCUUUAUACUGCCAUGGCUGCUGUUUUAAGAUCAAAAUCAUCGCGAGAUACUGCUACGUUUGCUACCUCACAGCUCAGAUAUUUCAUUCAGAACCGUAUCCACUCGGGUCGGACGACCCUUUUCCAACGGAGCGCUAGAACGGGAUUUGAUAGUUAUUUGAAUAAUUAUAAUUUCAUCUCAGGCUCCCCCUUUAACUUCACACCAUUCAAGCCCAUCUCUCUGCGUGGCGAAUGUGUCGAUAGUAGCCAGAGGAAUUUUCCGAGUUCUUUUAGGACUAAGCAGAAAAUCGAGAACUUUAGCUCCCAAGGAGACCCGCCGGAGGUCUGGCAGCCUCCUGGAGCGGAUGGAAUUGUAGUGCGUCCGGGGGUCAAAUUUAUUCCGAUGAGUGAAGGGGACGGGCCAAGUACGGGUUCUGGUAGUGGGUUGGGGUCGGGCUCCAAGGAUGGGAGCUGGGGUGGGUCCAAUUUUGGCCCGAAUUUUCCAACCCCUAAAGAAAUCUGUAAGGGGCUAGAUAAAUUUGUCAUUGGCCAGGAGAGAGCUAAAAAGGUCCUUUCUGUAGCAGUUUAUAAUCAUUACAAGAGGAUAUAUAAUGAUUCCGCCCAAAGGUCUGCAGGGAGUACAGAUACUGACAAAGUUGAUGGCACAGAUAAUGAGACGGUGGAACUUGAGAAAAGUAACAUUCUUCUCAUGGGACCAACAGGCUCAGGGAAGACGCUACUUGCCAAAACUUUGGCACGGCUGGUGAAUGUUCCCUUUGUAAUUGCGGAUGCUACUACACUUACUCAGGCAGGAUAUGUUGGGGAAGAUGUGGAGUCCAUUUUAUAUAAGCUACUUACAGUUGCUGACUAUAAUGUUGCAGCUGCACAGCAAGGCAUAGUCUAUAUUGAUGAAGUUGACAAGAUCACAAAAAAGUCCGAGAGCCUCAACAUCAGUAGAGAUGUGUCGGGAGAAGGUGUCCAACAAGCAUUGUUGAAAAUGCUCGAGGGCACUGUGGUCAAUGUCCCAGAGAAAGGAGCUAGGAAGCAUCCUAGGGGUGACAAUAUUCAGAUUGAUACGAAAGACAUUCUCUUUAUAUGUGGCGGUGCCUUUAUUGAUUUGGAAAAAACGAUCUCAGAAAGGCGUCAUGAUUCUUCUAUUGGUUUCGGCGCACCAGUACGGGCAAACAUAAGGACAGGCCAUGUUACAAGUGCUUCUGUGGCAUCAUCUUUACUCGAAACUGUUGAAAGUAGCGACCUAAUUGCGUAUGGGUUAAUACCUGAGUUUGUUGGACGAUUUCCCAUCCUAGUUAAUUUGGCAGCACUUACUGAAGAUCAACUUGUUCAGGUUUUAACAGAGCCUAAAAAUGCGUUAGGAAAGCAGUAUAAGAAGAUGUUCCAAAUGAAUGAAGUGAAGCUUCAUUUCACAGAAGAUGCAUUGAGAUUGAUUGCUAGAAAAGCAAUAACCAAGAAUACAGGAGCUCGGGGGUUGCGAUCCAUGUUGGAGAAUGUUUUGAUGGAUGCUAUGUAUGAGAUUCCUGAUGUUAGAACAGGGAAUGACAUAAUAGAUGCUGCUGUAGUAGAUGAGGAAUCCGUUGGAUUUGAAAAAAGUGGAUGUGGGGCUAAAAUCCUUUAUGGUAAGGGGGCAUUGGACCGCUAUCUUUCAAAACACAAGUUAAAGGAUUCGGAGGCAUCUGCAGAUGGGUCUGAAGGAGAACCUGAGGUGGAACCGGAACUUGCUUCUAUUGUUGCUUUGUAAACUUUCAAUGAGGUCUGUGUAUGGUCUCGAUAUGUACAGUAUAAAUCAUAAUGACUAUAGUUUCUAAAUUUAGAGUCUAGUUGCAAAUUUAUUGUACUUAAUGUUUCUAUUCUACAUUUAUCCAUUGCCAUCUGAAACGGAUAAUUAUCCUGUCUUCAUUUAACCAAAUGACCUCACUCCAGCAAAAAAGAUUUAUAUUGACAGUUGCUUAUGCUGUA